UAGUCUUCGAUCUUUAAACAAUCAAGAACUAGAAUUUGACCUUCAAAUAAAAAUAUAGUGAACUCCCCCUUUGAUCUUGAUCACUGGGUUUAUAUUGAGUUAAGUACUGGGGAGCAGGGCCCCUGUUUAGAGGACGUUAAAUAAGCAACCAAUGCUUGUCUGUUAUUUCCAUAAUCUAAGGCAGAAGACCCAACAGUCCUUAAGAUAGAUUUAGUUCAUUAAGAUUACUGUUUAGUUUCUGGAUUCUAUUGUGUAUGUUUUUGUUUGCUUGGAUCACACUCAAUCAUCAUUGAGAUAAAAGAACUGUAAGAUAAGAUAAGAAACCAGAAAUACAGUAAUACAGAAGUCCAGAAUCGGGCAGCAAGAUUGUAUUUUGAAGUCAUGGGGAGUGACAAAAUUAGGCUGAUUUUGUGGGGUGGCUUUGGUUGCUUUGGAUUCCUUGUGUUUCUCCUGCUUCUCAAGUUUCUAUCCCGCCUGGAGGAAGGCAGAGCAAAUGAUGUUGAGAAGGCAGAAAAUCCGAGAAAGAUGAGAAAUCCCAGGUCUUUGGUGAGUGAAAGAAGUGCUGCAGUAGUUCCCACAGUUUUGAGAGAUUUUUCAGUGGGUGUCUUGGAGAAGGCCACAGACAACUUCAGUGGGCUGAGCCUCAUCAAGAUCGGGCGUUCAGGGGAGUUUUUUGCAGGGGUUAUGGAGGGGCAGGAGAAAGUUGUGGUGAAGAGAAUGAAAAUGAAUGCAGAAGAGGAGGAAGAGGAGGGGGAAUGGAGGAAACAAGUACAGAGAGAGGUGGAGGUUCAUGGAAGCCAGGGGAGUGACCGCUAUGUGGUGCCUCUGCUUGGCCUGUGCUCACAGAAUAUGAUGGUCUACAAGUUUCUGCAAAAUGGGGACCUUGCAACUGCUCUCAGAAGAGGCCGUGGAGUUGUAGAUGAUCCACUGGCUUGCCUCUCUCUGCCCUGGAUUACCAGGCUUAAAAUUGCUUAUGAAACAGCUCGGGCACUCUGCCAUCUUCACUAUGACUGCUACCCUCCUGUUGUUCACAAGGACAUAAAAAGCAGUAGCAUCUUGCUCACUGAAGAAUUUGAAGUCCGGCUGGGAAGCCUGAGCCACAUACAAGUAGCAGAGAAUGAGGCAUUACUGAGCAAUGACAUAUUCUGCUUUGGAAAAGUUCUGCUGGAUCUCAUCUCGGGCCUGGAUGUAAGUGGGUCUCAAGAUCCAUAUGCAGAAGCCUGGGCGAAAAAGGCAUUGCCAUACAUAGAUUCAGGCUACACAGACAGCCUUCUUGCAUUGAUAGACCCUUCUCUUGUUGUGGAGGAAGAUUUCACCAGAGAAAUUCUAGGAGUGGCAGCUUUAGCCAGAGCUUGUUUAGAUCCAAAUUCUGUCAAGGUCUUGACCAUGAGGGAUGUUUGCCAGGUUCUUCACAAUCCUUAGUACUUUCCAAAUGAAUCCCAUUUUGGGUAUUGAGAGAGUCUGAAAGCCUUUCAAUUGCUCUGUGCUACUACUGCUACUGCUUUCAUUAUGCAAAUGUAAGAGCAAACACAAACAGUUUUGCAGUUAAAAUUUAAUGUGCCAUUUACACAAGAAAGCAUCUUGGGUAUGGACAUAUAGUAUUAUGUAUGUAUGCAACCAUGGAGUUCAUUCAGAGUGCAGUCUGCAUCUUGAAAAGUUGAAGUUACAAGACAAAGGAAGAAGUUGAUACGUCUAGUACUGCACGUUAUUCUAUUAUAAACGAUAUAUAUGAAAAUGAAGAGUGGCCAUUACUGAUUGUACUUGUUUCUGUUCAAUAUAAUAAACCAGAUGCCAAUGAAUUCAUUCAAAAA